AUGUCACCCAGAGAGAGAGGGGACACCGAGGGGACGCGACAGGAGAGCGGCCGGACCCCGCGGGACCGGGGAGGUGACACCGGUGGCACUGGCAGCGGCUGUGGCGACACUGGUGGCGGUACUGGCGACACUGGCGGUGCUGGCGACACUGGUGGCGCCGGCGGUGACACCCGUGUGACACCGGUGGCUCUGGUGGCUCUGGUGGCGACACUCGUCCGUGUGACCCUGGCGGCUCUGGUGGCUCUGGUGGUGGCUCUGGUGGCCCUGGCGGUGGCUCUGGCGGUGACUGUGGUGGCUCUGGUGGCUCUGGCGGCUCCGGUGGCGCCGCUGGUGGCUCUGGUGGUGGCUCUGGUGGCACUGGCGGUGGCUCUGGAGCGCUCCGCCCAGGCCACCGUGCUGGCGUGGCGCCAAUACCGCCAGGUGUGCGAGCUGCACCUGCGGCUGGCCCCGCCCCCGCCAGGGCCCGUGUGUAACCGCAGCUUUGACCUGUACGCCUGCUGGGGUGACGCUGUCCCCAACAGCACGGCCACUGUCCCCUGCCCCUGGUACCUGCCCUGGUACCACCGAGUGCAGGGCGGGGUGGUGACACGCCGCUGUGGCCCCGACGCGCGCUGGGUGACAGAUGACAGCGGCAGGACCUGGCAGGACAACUCCGAGUGCGAGGACCUGGCGCAGGUGCAGCCGCUGCAGCGCCAGGCGUGGCUGCUGGAGCAGUUCCGCCUGCUCUACACCGUGGGUUAUUCGCUGUCCCUUGUCGCGCUGCUGGUGGCGCUGCUGCUGCUGCUGCUGCUCAGGCGCCUGCGCUGCACGCGGAACCUGAUCCACGCCAACCUGUUCGUGUCCUUCGCGCUCCGCGCCGGCGCCAUCCUGACCCGGGACGCGCUGCUGCCACACGGCCAGGGACAGGGACAGGGACAGGGCCAGGGCCACCCCCUGCAGCUGCUGGGCAUGCAGGCCGGCCCCGCGUGCCGCGUGGCGCAGAGCGUGGCGCAGUACUGCGUGGGGGCGAAUUACGCGUGGGCUCUGAGCGAGGGGCUCUUCCUGCUGCGGCUGCUGCUGGCGAGCUCGGCACGGCACUGCCUGCCGGCCUUCCUGCUGCUGGGAUGGGGUGUCCCCGUGCUCUUCGUUGUCCCCUGGGUCAUCCUGCGCUACCUGUACGAGAACGAGGGGUGCUGGGAGCGCAACGAGAAGGUGGCGGUGUGGUGGGUGAUCCGCUGUCCCAUCCUGGUGGCCGUGGCGGUGAAUUUCGUGGUUUUCGUGCGGAUCCUCCGGAUCCUGGUGGCCAAGGUGCGCGCGCACCAGGUGAACCGCGGGGACACGCGGCUCAGGCUGGCCCGCUCCACGCUCACCCUGAUCCCCCUGCUCGGGGUGCACGAGGUGAUUUUCGCCCUGGCCGGGGAGGGCGAGGGCGGAGGGGGCCUGAGGCUGGCGCGGCUCUGCCUGCACCUGCUGCUCACCUCCGCGCAGGGUCUGGUGGUCAGCGUCCUGUACUGCUUCACCAACAAGGAGGUGCAGGCCGAGGUCCGCCGGGGGUGGCAGCGCUGCCGUCUGGGGCUGCCCGGACCCCCCCGAGCCCCCCCGAGGGGUCGGUCCCGGCGGGGGCAGCGCCCGGUGGCCGAGAGCGGCUGCUGA